UUCAACACUACUAUAUAACAAAUAAUUUGAGUAAGAUAAUAUGUCAGAAUCAGAUAGUAUAGUUCACCAGUACUUGCUCACUGUGUCAGAGAAGCUAGCUAAACAGUUUGCGAAGAAGAGGCCCAACCCAACACCAUGGUCCGGACCAACAUUAGAUCUCCUCAUAGACUUUUACAAAACAAACUUUAAAGAAGAACCCGCUGCUACUGAAACUCCAAUGAAUGGUACCUGUGAAGUGAUACAACCUGCUGUAAAUGGUGUUGCAAAGAAGAAAGGCAAGAAGAGGAAGCUCAGUGAAGUGGACAACUCUGUGACUGAAGUUACAGCUGUUGAGACCAACGGACAGACGGCUACAGAACCUGAGAAAAAGAAGAAGAAGAAGGUUAAGAAAAGUAAGAAGAACAAAACACCCGAAGUUGUGGAAAUAAUACAAGUUGCAGAAGACAAGGUAGCAACGGAAGAAACAACAGAAGAAACCCCCGUUCCAGGAACACCUGAACCACAGGAAGAAGUUGUUGUGACUCCAGCUGUUACAGAAGAGAAAACAGUACCCGGUGGUCUGGUCACGAGUGUUGUCCAGGAAGAGGAGGAAGAAGAGGAGGAAGAGGAGGAAGAGGAGGAGGAAAGGCCGGUUAAGAAAUCUAAACUGAAAAGGAAGCAGUCUAACUCAUCCUUUAGAAGAAUUAAGGAAGAAGAAAUCAUCAUUAAAAAGAAGGAGUUGACAAAUAAUGCUUUCGAAGCCAAAGGGGGUGCCGAUGAGUUUGGCCACAAAGCAAACCAGAUCCUCAAAUUCACGAAGGGAAAAAGCUUCCGACACGAAAAGACCAAAAAGAAGAGGGGGACAUACAAGGGGGGAGCCAUCAAUAUGGGCGUGACUUCCGUAAAGUUCGACUCUGACUCAGACUGAGAGCAAAUCGCGGUCUUUUAAAAGUGUAAUUUAUUAUUUUGCCAGGGUGUUUAAUUUAUUGAAAUCAUUUUAACAGUUUUCUGACUAAUUAUCUGAAAGUAUCAGUAUAUCGAUGCCGAUUUCCCUGAAAGACAUUUAUAGACUAGAUUUAUGUCUUUUAAUUUUAUUGAUGGUAAAUGCCUCUGAAACUGUUCGGUUACUGAUACAGUUUUGGUAAUUUCUUUAACCAUCUUUUAAGUUUUAACCUUUUACACAAA